AUGUCAGGUGGUCGGGAGCAAUCACUUGAUUAUUUUGGCAUUUCCCAGCCGCCACAGUCUCACUUAAACUGCCACAAGCCGGAGGAGGCUUUCUGUCUUAAUAAGGCAGAUGCACAGUCGUCCCCUGUUUUUGUUGCUGCUCACCAAACUCCUAACGGGCCUUGCGCAACAACCGGUCCCCUUACAGAAUCUGUGCAGCUCGGCCCACAAAUUUCUUGGCCGGCACCAAAUACCGAAGCUCCGUCUUCUGCUGCUAAUGACUCUCACCCUCCGAUUAAUCAAGUUCCGUAUGAAUAUACAGCAUCUACAGCUUACUCCCCUUCGUUCAACCACGCAACUGAACAGCACCCAAAAUACCACCAGAACUCACAAUCGUUUGGUCCCUCUACGCACCAAUCUCCGUACAACACGGAGUUGAGCUCUGUUCAUUCACCUCAAAUGGCACCCAUGUCUUCCAACUCUUCCGACCCAUCUCAUCAUAGUCCGAUGGCUUCACAGCUUCAGCCGACCGCCUUUCAGACGCAGAGCCAAAGCUAUUCACCACCUCAAAACGAACUCUCAGUUUCACAGGGUUAUCAAUCGGCGGCCCAACAUUCUCAGGCUUUAUCUGCUGUGCCUCCUUACUUUCAAACACCGAAUUAUACUACGUCACCUUCCCAGUACCCUUUUGUAGCAUCUUCUGGAAAUUCGCACCAACUUCUUCACGACACAUCACAAAAUUCGCCUUCGACAUCUGAACCAGUCAUUCCCUCUGUGCAAGCACAGGCUGCUCAAAGUUCAGCGCAACCCCAGUUUACUCCUCACAUGGUCCCAGCGUCAGUUGCACAACAACCACAGCAACACAGCUUUCCGCCUCAACCUACCUCUCAAGCUAUACGAUCUAACGCUAUGCCCCAGUUAUACCCGCCUCCUGUUUCGAAUAAGAUGCCCGUUCCACAGGCGCCGACAUCUUACAGUCAGCCUGCAAGUGCUCGGCAGUUGCAGUCGCACGCACAUCCCAGGCAACCUCCAAUGGCUCAAAAACCUCGAGGCUCUCCUCAGGUGAUGCAUGACCAGCAACGUUUUGGCACUUUUCCUCGCCAACAUUCAUCUGAUAGAGUCCCCGGUGCGGCUCUCACGUCUGAAGAGUGGAAUGCGCUAAACUGUCCAGUCAGUUUGCUGCAUGACUACAACUUUUUACCCAGUGAUGGACCAGAAAAACCUCGCCGGCCAGUAAUAAUCUGGAAUUCAUUGAUGCUAGACCUAAACCUUCAUUGUAGUAAUGCGCUAGAAGUAACUUGGGUUCGAACUCCCCCGGUCACUUUCAUUCCAUAUUUUUUUGAGGUCAAUUGCCAUCCAGAUUUUAUGCGAUGCACCCUGACCACGGUGCCGGUGUCAAGCAAACUGCAGUCCAGAUGCCGCCUUCCUCUUGGUCUCAUGGUACAUCCGUUUCGGGACGUCAAUGACUUGCCUGUCAUCCAGACACCGGCGAUCGUGCGCUGUCGAUCAUGCCGCAUCUACAUCAAUCCCUUUGUCAAGUUUGUCGACAACGGCCGCCGCUGGCGCUGUCCUGUGUGCACACUGACCAACACCGUGCCCGACAGUUUCUACUUUGACCCCACCACUCAGACCUACGGCGACCCCUCCUGCAGACCGGAAAUCCGCUACUCUACCGUGGAGUUUAUCGCAACCUCGGAAUACAUGUUGCGACCCCCACAGGCCGCUACUUAUGUCUUCUGUUUGGAGGUCUCGCGGACCGCUGUGACAACGGGCUACCUCAAUCUCGUCUGCGGCAUGCUAGCUGACCAACUUAACAAAAUGCCCGGCGAUUCAAGAAGACAAGUGGCUAUUCUAACCUACGAUUCCGGCGUGCAGUUUUACAUUCUCUCAGGCAAGACCAUGCGAAUGGUGAUAUGUCAGGACCUCUCUGAGGUAUUCUUGCCGGACAUGGAUGGAAUGGUCAAUCGCAUCAACGACUGCGCUGAACAAAUCUCAAACCUGCUUAGGCAACUACCGAACGAGUUUGCUCAAACCCAGGACACUUCCAAUUGUCUCGGCUUUGUCCUUCAGGUCAGCUUCUGGGUUAAAACUCGCCACAAAUACAUCGUUUUCCUUUCAAGGUUUUCUGAGGCCUCCAUUGCUCUGAAGUUGAUUGGUAAUACAGGAGGCCGAGUAACGGUUUUUAACACGACCAUCCCCUCUCUUGGUCCGGGAGCUCUAGAGUGUCGUGAGACGCGAGAGGACCUCACCAAACCCGACCCAGAACACCUUCGCCCAGUGUCCGAUUUUUAUCGGACCAUCGCGCUCGAUUUCGCGGCGGCCCAGAUUGCGGUCGACCUCUUUAUGCUGAAUUCCAAGUACUGUGACAUUGCCACGAUCUCGGGGGUCGCGCGUUUUUCCGGUGGCGGCGUCUACCACUACCCGAACUUCCACUACGACCCAGAGCCUGCAGCGAAUGCCACCGGCACGCACAAGAGGGCAUCGCCGGCCCUGUGUGAUUUCGUGGAGGUCGAAAAUCUCCGCAGGGAUCUUUUGCGCUACCUGACGCGCAAAAUUGGCUUCGAAGCUGUGCUUAGGUUGCGUUGCACACGAGGUCUUGCUGUUCAGAAUUUCUACGGCAACUUUUUCAUGCGGUCUGUUGACCUCCUGAACUUACCAAUUGUGAAUCCUGAUGCUGGUUAUGCCAUACAGUUAGAAAUUAACGAAAAGUUGGACAGUUUCCAAACUGUUGUGUUGCAGGCUGCAUUACUGUACACCACAUCGUUCGGUGACCGUCGAAUUCGUGUUCACACAUUGUGCCUUCCCGUGACCGACUCCCCGGAGGCUGUAUUCAAUUACGCUGACGAAGGAGCAAUAGCCUGUUUAGUGGCCAAGAUGGCCGUGGAACGCACCAUUUCCUCGGGUCUGGCCAACGCUCGAGAAGCACUCACUACGGUAAUGGGUGACAUACUAUCUGCCUACCAAAACGAACGUAAUAGUGGUAAUUCACCUUCAUCUUUGUCGGGAAUCUGUCCAUCGUCCCUUCGCCUCCUGCCGUCUUAUUUAUGUGGCGCUUUGCGGUUCCCGGCAUUCAGAAAUCACACGUCUACCUCACUCGAUAUUCGAUCUGGAGCUCUUGAACUGCUCAUCGGCGCGUCUGCACAUCGCAUGCUUGCAUUGAUGUACCCCCGCCUAUAUGCGGUCAAUUCAUUCUUAUCAGCUCCGUUGUCUGGCAAAGAUUCCACUUUAGCACAAAAGGCUGCUUCAUUGUCGCUGGACGAGACGUCCGCUGCAGCUUUGUCUUGCUUGCCAUUAACAGGGAAGUCAAUCACACGCGAUGGUGUGUUCCUACUAGACACGGGUUCUUUCAUUCUCCUUUUGGUGGGAUUCGGUCUUUCUGCAGCUGAUUUAACUUCAUUAAUUGGUUAUUCAAAUCUCGAGGACUUGACGGUGGAAAAGGCUGUGACGGAACUGGGCGGAUUACCAGAUGGAGCAACGCUGCCGCCACCUCCAAGAAAACGCCUGCAAACGCUGAUCAAAUCCAUUAGAAGAGACCGAUCCCUUGGAACAGCUCUUAUUCUGAUUCGUCACGAUGUACCUGAGCCGCUUAAGAGCCUAUUUAUUAAUGCGCUUGUAGAGGACAGAACAGCAACGGCGCCAUCUUAUUCCGAGUAUGUGCAAAUGAUUCUCUAUGGAAAGUCUUAA